AUGCGAGUGCUGGACCUCGUGCAUGCCGAGGCGGUGUCCAGGAACGCUGGCAUCCUGUUCCUCGGUGAUUUUUGGCACGUCAGGGGGGCCCUUCCGGUGGAGACCCUGAACAGCGCCGUGCUGCGGCUGUCUCAGUGGACACAGCCCACCAUCAUGCUGGUCGGAAACCACGACCAGGUGUCGCUGGGCGGCCUGGACCACGCGCUCACCCCCCUGGCCGCCUGCUCCCCGCACAUCCACGUCAUGGAGCAUCCCAUGCUGCACGCUGGCGCUCUGUGGCUGCCCUACCGCCGCGCGCGGGGCGAGCUGCUCGCCGCGCUGCGCUGUGCGGGAGAGAGCGAGGCUGUCCGCGCCGUCUUCGCGCACGUGGACGUGGCGGGGGCUUCGCUGAACGACGCCUUCCAGGCGCGGGACGGGGUGCCGCCCUCGGCCUUCCCCCGCGGCCUGGAGGUGUACACGGGCCACUACCACAGGCCACACACCGUGCCGGGGACGAGCAUUCACUACGUGGGGUCGCCGUACCAGGUGUCCCGGGGCGAGGCGGGGCAGGGCAAGCGCCUGCUGGUCCUGGACGGCGACACCUGGCGCGUCAGGGAGGAGAUCCCGCUGGACAUCGGGCCGCGCCACUUCUCUGCCAGCGCCUUCCCGUAUGCACAGGGCCCGGAGAGCGCGGCAGAUCUGCGCAGUGGCGACAGGUGA